AUGAAUGACCAGUACCACCGGGCGGCCCGGGACGGCUAUCUGGAGCUCCUCAAAGAGGCCACCAGGAAGGAGCUGAACGCCCCCGACGAGGACGGCAUGACCCCCACCCUCUGGGCUGCCUACCAUGGCAACCUGGAGUCGCUGCGCCUCAUCGUGAGCCGCGGGGGUGACCCGGACAAGUGUGACAUCUGGGGUAACACGCCGCUGCACCUGGCAGCUUCCAAUGGCCACCUGCACUGCCUCUCCUUCCUGGUGUCCUUCGGGGCCAACAUCUGGUGCCUGGACAACGACUACCACACGCCGCUGGACAUGGCCGCCAUGAAGGGCCACAUGGAGUGCGUGCGCUACCUGGACUCCAUCGCGGCCAAGCAGAGCAGCCUCAACCCCAAGGUGGUGGGCAAGCUGAAGGACAAGGCCUUCCGCGAGGCGGAGCGGCGCAUCCGCGAGUGCGCCAAGCUGCAGCGCAAGCACCACGAGCGCAUGGAGCGGCGCUACCGGCGCGAGCUGGCCGAGCGGUCCGACACGCUCAGCUUCUCCAGCCUCACGUCCAGCACCCUGAGCCGCCGGCUGCAGCAUCUGGCGCUGGGCAGCCACCUGCCCUACUCGCAGGCCACGCUGCACGGCACCACCAGGGGCAAGACCAAGAUCCAGCGGAAACUAGAGCGGCGCAAGCAGGGCGGCGAGGGCACCUUCAAGAUCUCCGAGGACGGCCGCAAGAGCGUGCGCUCGCUCUCGGGCCUGCAGCUGGGCAGCGACGUGAUGUUCGUGCGCCAGGGCACCUACGCCAACCCCAAGGAGUGGGGCCGCUCCCCGCUCAGGGACAUGUUCCUCUCCGACGAGGACAGCGUCUCCCGUGCCACACUGGCGGCCGAGCCUGCCCACUCGGAGGUCAGCACCGACUCAGGCCACGACUCCCUGUUUACCCGCCCCGGCCUGGGCACCAUGGUUUUCCGCAGAAACUACUUGAGCAGCGGGCUGCACGGGCUGGGCCGCGAGGACGCCGCGGGCACGCCGCGGGGUCGGCUGCAGAGCUCCCCCAGCCUGGACGACGACAGCCUGGGCAGUGCCAACAGCCUGCAGGACCGCAGCUGCGGGGAGGAGCUGCCCUGGGACGAGCUGGACUUGGGCCUGGAUGAGGACCUGGAGCCCGAGACGAGCCCGCUGGACACCUUCCUGGCCUCCCUACACAUGGAAGACUUCGCCUCCCUCCUGCGGCAGGAGAAGAUCGACCUCGAGGCGCUGAUGCUGUGCUCGGACCUCGACCUCCGCAGCAUCAGCGUCCCCCUGGGGCCCCGCAAGAAGAUCCUGGGGGCCGUGCGAAGGCGGAGACAGGCGCUGGAGCGCCCGCCCGCCCUGGAGGACACAGAGCUGUGA